UUCGUCUCUGUUGUAUUUGCUUCCGAUAUUCGGUGCCAUCAAACCAGAGCCACACCCCUAUUUCAUCUCCCAACUGCUUCCGGACGGCGGCGGCGGCGCUCCAGCUCCGGCGUCACAGCAGCGGCAUGAGAUCGACGGCGACCAUGGUGGCGACUGCGACGACCCCGUCGCGGACGUUAUUCUCCCCCAUCGUUAGACUUAGGGUUUCAGAUAUUUGAUCCAUCCAUGAUUAUGCGACAAUGGCGAGAUGAGAGAGCCGUUUGUUCGUCACGACAGAAGCUCGACCGAGCUGGUACAGAAGGGAGCCGGGUUGGGAACAAGAAGCUCCCACGCCAUCACCCUCAUCAGCAGCAUGGCCUACUCCUUCGGCUGUGAAUAUGCCUUCAACCUCAAGGCGCAAUCCUGGUAUGCUCUUGACUUGGCCGGCUAGGUGCCCCUGCCUCUCGUCGGUGGCACGGAGUUUGUGUCUGGCGGCCAAGUCAAGGAUCACAAGCUCUACUUCGACACGACCACCAACAUGACCCGUUCUUGUACCAAAAAUGAUCCUCCCAUGUUAUGUAUCAAUUAAUAAUUAUGUAUGUCUCUUGUGUUGUGUUCUGGUAGGGGUGUUCCAGAUUGACAUGUACAUUUAGUUCUGAUUGAAGAGGCUGGCUUAAUUUUGUCAUGUAGUAAAAUAUUUGUGAUAAGGCUUUGUUGUCGUUGUUGUGUACUCAAAUUUUGUGAUAAGUAUUGACAUACUUUGCCCAACUUUCUUGCAUAAUUAGUUGUGUCCAAUAGUGUAUUUAUAUAUGCGUGGAUUUUAUGAGAUUAGGUAUUAUUGCUGUGCAGAACUGAAAUGCUGAAGGACGUAACGAAUUGUGAAAAGGACGUAACGAAUGGUGAAAAAUAGUUGAGGUGGGUGCUGCAAAAGCCGUCUGACAUAUCUAACCUUACCAGGGGGUUUUCCUGAAAUGUACAUUUAUGUGGGCUGAGAUCCCUCCAAUGAAAUCUGUGCCAUCCACCUUCAAUCCAAUGGUCCAGCUUCGAUUUUUCUAUUUUUGCAUCCAAGGGACAGAUUCUAUUGUAGUCCAUCCCGUAUGACACACAGUGAAAGAGUUAUCUAUUGAUAAGUUACAAUUGAGAAUUAUUGUUGUCUUUCAAGGAGAAAGAGAACAAUUUCACCCUUUUUGCCAUAAAUAAUGGUGCGCUGAAAUUCAAACACUACAAUUGGUCAUUGAUCGUGAAGCUUUAGUAUUGAGCGAAAUGUCCCUACUCCUAUAAAAAUGCGAGUUGGUGAUGAUGGUGUGUCCGCCUUUAUGUCUACACUGUUUGAUCUGGAUCAUAGGGCUGAGGUUGAAACACGGCGUCCCCGAACGCCCUGCGGUGUGUCAAGUCUGAAUGUUCUCCUUCUGUCGCGAAAGAAGCCGAGUCUUCCAGACCGAAAGCCCUCUCAAAUUCCUCCCCGCCAGCAAGGGUGGAAUCCCCGCUCUAUCGAAUCCUCUCCUUCCUUCUCUAGAAAAAACAAAAACAACAGGGGGCGAAGUAGAGGCUGGUGGCUCCCGCCGGCGAGGUCGUGGUUCCCCGUCGCCUCCGUGCGUCUUGCAGGCGCGGGGAGGAGUCAGGGAAUCCAGAUCUCUGCCUGGCUGGGUUGUAUAGUUUUAGGAUUUUCUAGAAUUUUGGUUCUUGGCGGCAGUGGUGAGGCGAGGGCAGCGCUGCCGUUUGAGAAUAAGUCCCUCCGGUCCUCUCCUCGUGCAAGUGGCGUCGACUCCGGCGUCGUUGGCGGAUCAGUGCAGCCGGGGUGCUCGGGUUCUGGUGCUCCAGCUACUCGGUGCCCUGGUUGUGUUGUUUGGGUAUUAGCGUCCGUUGUUUCGGCAUCCUGUGGUGAUGACGGCACCUCCCUCUUGAGGGAUGUUGAAGGUGACUGCGUAGGAUUUGGAUGCGCGACGGACAGAUCUGGUCGUCUCGGACGAGACGGCGUGGCUCCAUGCCCGGAUCUGAAGCUGGAGAGGCUGGGGGAGUGCUUCCGCUCGGGAAACUGCCUCCGGCCGUUGCGCCUGAAGCUCUCAAAUCCUGCUUUUUGGAGUAGGUGGCUGUUGCAGCUCACCAAAGCUUCAGUGCGAGGGGCCAAGUACGCCGCUGGUGCUGUCAAUCCCCGGCGCCUCUUUUGCCUCCUCCUCUGCCGCAGCAGCCCAAUGUCCCACCACACCUCCUCCUUGCUGUCUCCGCCGCCGCGUCCCCCGUCUCCUCCGACGCCAACCUCCACUUGUAAGUCGGCUACGCUCUGCUCAUGCCCCCCGAGGGCCCCUAGCCGUCUGCAACUAGAGUGUCACCCACGAGCACCAAACCUGUGUUAUCUCCAGCCGGACUUCGUCUCAGGGACGACCUGAUCUGAUCUUGAUGGUUGUCAUGGAGGUACAGUUUGGUGUAUGUACAUAAUUCAAUAUGUGUUACUAGGGUCAGUUUCAUGCAUCCCAUCCCGUAUACAGGUCUGAAGUUUGUGUAGAGAACAUUCAGAAAGGAAACUUGGCUACUUGCUUCGCCGUUCAUGUUAUUUUUGUAAGAAAACAUAUGUGUCUUCGAAUUGUUUUAUCAACAGUAUCUCUGAUCUUUGGUAAAAAGAAAAUUCAUGGUCGGAUUCUACAUAGCUUAUCUCCCUUAAAUGUUCAUUAUUUUCCUUCAGUAGUAUUACUAUUUCAUUCGGUUGAUGUGGGCUUGGAAUGUGCUCUCCAAUCGCAUCCAAAUAUGGUUAGGAAUCUAAUUUUAUGCUGUAUCCGCCUGAUUGAUCGAUAAUACAAACUAUAUAUUUAGUAAUCCGACUUAAUAAUGCUCUGGUUUUUGCUAGGCUAGGAGGUUGCUGGCUUGCUGCAUUAAAACUGACAGUUUGUGAUAUUAUUACAAAGCAGAUAUAUGAUGUUGCUUGGGCAAUAGCUAGCUGAAACAGCCAAACAUGUAUAUUUUUCUUGUUGUCAUAUUCAAAAAUCCAUAAUUUGGAGAAGAUUUUGUUGCAUCAACUUUUUGAUUUUGUUGUGCAAACACUUCUCCAUCUGGAGAAUGUGAUGGCUCUGCUUAGCUUUCUCAGGUAUUGCAGCAAUUCAAUAUGUAAUAUUAGCUUAUUCCUUUUGUUUUUAUAUCUGUUCAUGCAUCAACUUUGUAUGUGUAUCUUGCCCAUUGAAGCUGAAAAGCUUGUAGCCAGUCAGUUGAGACUGAACUCAACAUAUGUCUGAUAAGCAUAUGAUUCAUUCUCAUUUUUUGAAACUGUUUUAAGACA